AAUUUUAUCCCGGACACAACCGAAACCCUUGCCUCCUCCACAGACGCAGGGAAGGGUGAGAGAGAGAGAUCGGCAAAAUGGUCCAGCGUCUCACAUACCGCACGCGUCACGGCUACGCUACAAAAUCCAAUCAGCAUCGUGUCGUCAAGACCCCUGGUGGGAGGCUUGUGUACCAGAGCACAAAGAAGAGAGCCAGUGGACCCAAGUGUCCUGUAACUGGGAAAAGAAUCCAGGGGAUUCCUCAUUUGAGACCUGCGGAAUACAAGAGGUCUAGACUACCUAGAAAUAGGAGAACCGUGAACCGUGCCUAUGGUGGAGUAUUAUCUGGAGGAGCUGUCAGGGAAAGGAUUAUCCGAGCUUUUCUGGUGGAAGAGCAGAAGAUUGUGAAGAAAGUUUUGAAGCUCCGGAAGACAAAAGAAAAGGAGACAUCAAAGUGAGAGAGAAACUCUUAUAUCUUAGCUUUAGGUUGAAUGAAAUUUUGACUUUUAGAAUUUUAUUAUGAAUUGUGGUUGAUGUUAUUCUUGUGAGGUUGUUUAACAAUGCUCGGGCAUUUGUUUUAUGUUAUGCUACUUUUACUUCGACUGGUAGUUUAAUUACUGUUUUUUUGAUAUUGUUUAA